CCUCCUCUCUUCUUCUUCUUCCUCCACUCCCCGCAACCUCUCUCUCUCUCUCUCUCUCUCUCUCUCUCUCUCCUCCAAUCUUUCCGAAGAACGAAGGGGGUAUAAAGGAAGCAGAUCAAUCACAGGACACCAAGAAAACAGACGCCACGAUGACAUCCUCGACUGGGAGCUACAACUACAAGAUGUUCAAGUACUUCAACCGGAAGUUCAAGAUCACCGAGAUCGAGCCCCCGCAAGACGUCAAGGAGGCCUUCCUCAGGUUCUCCAACGGCGGGACCCACAUGGGCCCCGACCAGCUGCGGCUGUUCAUGGCGGAGCACCAGGGCGAGCCGACCGGCGCCGCCGCGUCGGAGGCGGAUCGCGUGGUGGAGGAGGUCCUCCGCACCAAUUUCCAUUUGGUCCCCAUUCCCAACCCCAAGCAAGGCCUCGCGCUCGACGAUUUCUUCCAUUACUUAUUGCGCGACGAUCUCAACGGGCCCAUCUCGUGCCAGGUGCACCAUGAUAUGACUGCACCCUUGUCACAUUAUUUCAUAUACACGGGGCACAAUUCCUACCUCACCGGGAACCAGUUGAGCAGCGACUGCAGCGAUGCCCCUAUUACACGAGCUUUGCAGAGAGGCGUGAGAGUGAUCGAACUUGACAUGUGGCCCAACUCAGACAAAGAUGACAUUCUUGUUCUUCACGGGAGGACGCUAACGAGUCCCGUUAUGCUUGUCAAGUGUUUGGAGUCCAUAAAAGAGUAUGCCUUUGUCAAAUCCCCGUAUCCGGUUAUAAUCACUUUAGAAGACCAUCUUACACCGGAACUCCAGGCAAAAGUUGCAGAGAUGGCCACUCAAAUAUUCGGGGAUACAUUGCACUACCCAAAAGCAGAUUUUUUAGCAGAAUUCCCUUCACCGGAGUCACUUAAGAACCGGAUCAUCAUCUCAACCAAACCGCCGAAAGAGUUUCUUGAAUCUAAAAGCGCCAAGGAUAAGUCUUUAUUUUCACCGACUGGUACGCAUUCAUCUGAAGACGAAGCUGGGGGGAAGGAAACGCCUGACUCUACAUCUGAGUUUGAUUGCGAUUACAGGAGUGAAAGCGAUCAAGAUUGUGAAGACACCAAUGCAAACCAGACACCCGAAUACAGACGCCUAAUCACAAUACACGCAGGGAAACCAAAGGGCAGCUUGAAGGAGGCGUUACGAGUUUUUGAAGAUAGAGUUAGGCGUUUAAGUUUGAGCGAACAGGGGCUUGAGAAAGCCGCUUCAUCUCAUGGCACUGAUUUGGUGAGGUUCACUCAAAGGAACAUCUUAAGAGUGUAUCCCAAAGGAACAAGAGUCACUUCCUCGAAUUACAAUCCCCAUCUCGGUUGGAUGCACGGCGCUCAAAUGGUCGCAUUUAAUAUGCAGGGCUACGGGAAAUGGCUCUGGAAGAUGCACGGGAUGUUUAGAGCCAACGGAGGGUGUGGUUAUGUGAAGAAGCCCGAGUUUUUGAUGCGGCAGGGUCCUAACAAGGAAGUACAUGAUCCUAAAAGAGAGCACAUUGUAAAGAAGACAUUGAAGGUCAGAGUAUAUAUGGGGGACGGAUGGCACUUGGAAUUUAGCCCAACACACUUCGACACUUUUUCACCUCCAGACUUCUACGCGAAGGUGCACAUUGUUGGAGUGCCAGGCGAUAAUGCCAAGAAGAAGACGAGGAUCAUCGAAAACGACUGGUUUCCUGUUUGGGACGAAGAAUUCGAAUUCCCGCUGACCGUCCCAGAGCUGGCCUUGCUUCGGAUAGAAGUAAGAGAGUACGACAGGUCCGAGAAGGACGAUUUCGGCGGGCAGACGUGUCUUCCCAUAUCAGAGCUAAAAACCGGAUUCCGCGCGAUCCCGUUGCACGAUAAGAAGGGAGAGAAGUACAAAUCCGUGAAGCUUCUUAUGCGGUUUCAAUUUGUGUGAUUAGAUAGGCAGAAACCUAUCUCAUUUCAUUCCGGGCUAGAUUAUGUUGUAUUUGCAUUGUUCUGCAGAAGAAGCUGUCGUUUACAGAUUUC